AUGUUCAUUGUUAUCUCCGUAUUGCUAUGCUGCCUCACCUGUUCCUAUCUCCGACGUCGUCAACUACGUAUACAGCAAGUGCAGAAUCAACAGAAUACACACAUACAAGGACUACAACAACAACAACAACAACAACAACAAUAUUACAGUGGGCCGAUGCCAAACGUACAACCGAUGAAUACCCCAUUCAAUGGCCCACCUAUGCUAUCCCCUUUUUAUAACUAUACCACCGCACCGGGAGUAGGUAUACCUCCAGCACCCGUCACAAUUGGUUUACCAUUGGAACAGCACCGGCAGGCAGCAGAAGUAACAACAAACACAGGAGCCAUAGGACCACCGGAGAAUUCAACAUCGCAAUACAGUCCAAGGGAUGAUUCCGUAUUUGUUUACGGGCAGGCGGAGUACAUUCCUCGAAAUGGGAACAGUAGUAGUAGUGCCAAUGCCAGUACAGCGGCCCUGGAUAACAGUGCAAAGUGUAUAAAAUAG